UGUAUAUAUGUAUAUAAGUCUUCACUUUGGGAAUGUUUCUUUCUCUACUUUCUGACAAGAAAGACUUUGUUUUUGUGUGGAUUGCUUGCUCUAGCAGACUUGGUACUUUGAUUUGGAUUUUCAUGUAUGCUCUCAUCUGCCUUUUGUUCAAUCAAAGUUGUCUGGCAAGUUCAUAAUAUAAUAGUGUUCACCUCAUAAAAUUGCAAGUGGAGUUCAUCAACUUUAGUGUUUAUUUGUUCUGGGUGUGUUCUAACUUGUGCAGAUAAGACCCACAUUCAGUUUGCUGUGUUCUCAGCAUUUAUGCUCUUGCCUUUGAACUUUGAAAUACAGGAGGGACUGUGGUUUGCUCAUUUGCCUUACUACUUCAGAUUCUUGAGAAUAUAGAAACAUGUGUUAUAUAUGUGUUGAGUUGAUGUCAUAUGAUUUGUUGUGCUGGUUUAUUUGAUUCCUUUGGUGAACAUCAUGUACAAACUUUUGAUGUCAUCUGACGCUUGCAAAUACCUUGUUGUUUAUGCAGAUAUGGGGAAAAAGAUGAAGAAUAAAACGGACUGGGAGACGAUUGUCUCUAAUCCGGUUAUUGAUUUGAAGUCUAUUAUUCAUCAGCAUUCUGAAUUCAUGGACAAGCUAGUUGAGCUCAUCCCAGCGAGGUUCUAUUUACCGAAUGACGAGGAUGAUAAGCCAUGGUUUCAAGGCCUAAGCAAGCCUGCCAAGGCUUCAGCUAAGAAGGAAACAAAGAAGAACAUUAAGCAAGCUCGCAGGGAUCGGUUGGAUCCAGAGAAGACUUCUACAACAACCCUUGAUUUGCUAAAGCAAAGUUUGGAAAAGGACAUGUCGAACGAGGAUGAUAGUGAUAGUGGUGAAAUGGAGACUAAACCUGUGGUGCCAGGUCUGGAAGGUGAUGACAGGUCAGUGACAUAUGAAGAACUCCAGCAACGGCUUCGUCGUAAAAUUGAACAGUUUCAGUCUGGUCGCAAUUGUGGAGUUUCAGAGAGAGCAAGGAAGAGGAUUGAAAGGAAGGAGAGAUUUGAGAAAGGGGCUGAUGACAGGAAACGAAAGAGAGAAACUGCAUCUGAUGAAAAGAAACCUAUUGGUACUGAUUCAGUGAACAAGAAUGUUGAACACGAGGUUGCAGAGGCUUCUAAAGGGCUCACAUUCAGUCGUGUCAAACUUGGGGACGAUGAUGAAGUUGGAAAGAAGAAGAGGAGACUGUCAAAGGUGAAGGAGCUUGAGAGGGCCAAACAGUUGGAAGAAAUGAAGAAAGAUCCAGAGAAAGGCAAGUCUCUCUUGUGGAAAACAGCAACCAGUAGAGCUGCUGGAGUCAAGGUUCAUGAUGACCCAAAGUUGCUGAAACAAAGCAUAAAAAAGGACCAGAAGAAGCAUCAGAAGAACGCUGAGAAAUGGAAGGAAAGGGUUGAAACCACACACAAGUUGAAACAAGACAAACAGAAGAAGAGAUCUGAUAAUAUAUCAGCAAAACUUGAUGAGAAGAAAAAGCGCAAAAUUGCAAAGAGAGAGAAGAAACUAAUGCGGCCAGGAUUUGAAGGUCGCAAAAAAGGUUAUGUCAAUGGCGGUGCAUAAACUCAUUACUGAUCGGUAAGCUUCUACCGUGGCGUUUUUAUGUGGUUACUAAUGGAAGAACUAGUAUAAGCAGGAUAUGAAAGGCCGGGGGAGGAGUUGUGUUCUUCUAGAGCUCCUCCUGGAUCUUUGUCUCCCCUUUUUGUUAUUUGUAAUUCCUACUAUU